UGGAGGUUCCUCCUACCUGUGUGAUGGACGAGCUCCCCGACCAUCGGAGGGAGAGAUGUUGAGCGGAGGGGAGGCGCGGAGGAUCGUGUGAGGGAGCCGGGCGCCGAGUGACGGGGAGCGGACACCCGCCGCCGCCAGUGAUGAAGGUGUGCGAGUACCGGCAGAUCGCACUGGGGCCCGGGCAGGGCUCCGCGCCGGCUCCCCGGUGCCUCCCUCCGGCCGCGGGCCAGCAGCGGCGCCGGCGCAAGUGGGAGUCGUUCGCCGGCAAGAACCGGUUCUUCUGCGACGGGCGGCUGAUCAGCGGGCGGCAGAGCGGCGCCUUCUACCUGACCCUGGGCCUCAUCCUCGGCACCAGUGGCCUCUUCUUCGGCUUCGACUGUCCUUACUUGACGGAGAACCUGACUCUGGCCAUUCCGAUUAUUGCGGGACUGCUAUUUGUGUUUGUAGUAAGUGCACUGCUACACACGAGUUUCACUGAUCCUGGGAUUCUGCCACGAGCUACCCCAGAUGAAGCAGCCCACUUGGAGAAGCAGAUAGAUAACUCUGGUGGAUCGAGUUAUCGACCGCCACCUCGAACAAAAGAAGUGGUGAUCAAUGGACAGACAGUGAAGCUCAAAUACUGCUUCAGCUGCAAAAUGUUCCGGCCUCCACGAACGUCACACUGCAGCCUUUGUGAUAACUGUGUGGAGCGAUUUGAUCACCACUGUCCUUGGGUCGGAAACUGUGUUGGGAAGAGGAACUACAGAUUUUUCUACAUGUUUCUGCUGUCACUUUCCUUUCUAACUGCUUUCAUUUUUGCCUGUGUGAUAACUCACCUUACGUUACGAUCUCAGAACAUUGGGUUAUUAAACACACUCCAGGAAACUCCAGCUAGCGCACUUGAGCUGGUGGUUUGUUUUUUCUCAGUUUGGUCCAUUCUGGGUCUCUCAGGGUUUCACACGUAUCUGGUGGCUUCCAACCUGACAACUAAUGAAGAUAUUAAAGGCUCGUGGUCCAGUAAGCACUCAGAGGAAAGCAGUAACCCCUACAGUUACAACAGUAUCGUCACUAACUGCUGUGCAGUAUUGUGUGGACCAAUGCCACCCAGUUUAAUUGACAGACGUGGUUUCUUGGACCUAGAUACAACACAGGAGUCUGGGGGCCAGCAUAAUAUUACUCAGGGAGCGAAAAUGGAAGCCAACCUGUGUGAUCAGGCCCUUAAUUUUCAAGGCAUUAUGAUGUUUUACCAGAGUGUGCCCACUUCCCUUUUCCAGACAAGUCUGUGUGUUCUGAACAAAACCAUGUCAGAGAAGUCAGAUGGCACUGUGAUCUGUGCCAUCAUGCCCCCUGGCUCCUUCAAACCUGCACACUCACAAGAAAAGGGUACGAUACACCUGAUAUUCCAACAAGCAACAAGGACAGUGUCUUCCCCCAGUGCAUGAGCUAUUCCUGGAAUGAACCAUCGGAUAACUGUGGACCUUGGACAUACCUGAAAUAUGAGCAAUCGCAGAGACUGCAUGACCCAGGCUUUGAUCAAACGCACAGUUAUUUCACUAUUGCUGCUUUUACAUGGAGAAUGACGGAACGUUUUAGUACCAAAGAUCACUUUCUGCCACCUGAUCUAUACGGUUCUUCAACUUAAUGACUAGGAUUUUGGUAGAAAAGAUUUACACGUUCUGAAAUGCCAAAUGUUUGGACAGAGCAUAUCUUUGUUGCUGAUCUACAGAUUGGUGAGAUUCUGAAUAUACAUAAAAGUGUAUGGAGCACUGAUAACUGUGACAUUGGGAUGUGCCGAAUAAAUCGAUGCUUUUAACAUGGAUUUUUGAAGCAAAAUUUGAAUUAUGCUGUUUGGGUGAACCAACUAUUUCUUUUGCAUAAGCAUUGUUUGGGAAGCCAAUUCAUUAUUCAUAUUGUCAGAUGGUCACAUAAACAUUCUGAGCAUAUCUUUCUGGAUAGAGGGAUAAUCAUUGCUGCCACUUUGGGUUAAAGUGUUUUGCUCUAAUAAUGUAAUCAAUUACUAUCCAUAGGAUGAAUAUUUAAAGAUAGUAAAUACAGUAAAUAAGCACAAUAUCACAGCAGGGUAGUAGCUGCCAAUUAUUAGGUGGAAUAAUGAAGAGUAUAUAUACUCAUCAAUGAACCACAGAUGCAAUCAGUAACUGAACCCAUAGCCUUGCGUGUGUGAACACUACAAAACGUUAUUUGAAUCUGCAUUCACAAAUUAAAGAGAGAUCUGAGAAACACUUGUAACUAGCUGUAUGCUUGAUCCAAACAAGUAUUCUCCUAGUACCUGUGCCAUUUCUGUUUUGAAUGAAUGGAUACUUUGGACAUUUAGAGGUUUAAUGAUUCAGAUCUUUAAUGGCUCAAAAUAUAACAGGUUUAGAGCAUUUUCAGUUUUCUGGUUGACUAGGAUUGCAGCACUUACAUUAGUGUACACAAUACUUCCCAGCAUGGUCUCACUCUUUAGAAAUGGUGUCCACUCUUCACUCUUCAUUUAAACUCUGGGUAGUCAGCAUCUACAAAUGUAACACCUGGCUCUUCACUUCUUAAAUGUGUCUGUGUGAAGAUGAGAAUAUGAAGUUUAAUUUGAACUGUGAUUUGAAUGUGCAACAGAAGCGCCCUCUUACCUCAGGAUAAUCCCAUCAAACUUUACCAGGAUAUUCCUUAAAAUACAACUUAUUGUCUGAUGUUCUGAGCUGGCCACAGUAGUAACAAACGGGGAAAGCUGUAGCAGUUGGGAGGUUGGAUGAUUAGCUCAUUCUAAAAGUGACAUUCCAGAGGAUAUUUCAGUGAGAAUAGGAUUAUAGUUAUGCAAUUUUAAGUGGCAUUACCUAAUUUACAAGCAAUAUGGACAUCUGACUUGCAUUGUGCAUUGCUUCAGAUAAUGAUUAAGUGCCUUGUGCAGCUGCUUUGUAUAUAUUCCAAAUGAUUACUGUAGAUUGUUCAUAGUGUUCCUGUAUUCAGUCCAAUAAAUAUUGGUGCAUUUAAUGCUUUACAGUG